CACAGCAUCUCGGGCACACGUCAAACAGCAGGCCGACGAAGAGGUUAGCUCUGCAACUUUCCACAUCAGACCGUCGGAGGAAUGUCAUCGCUACGCAACAGUGUCCAGCGACGAUCGCACCGCGAGCGGGCGCAGCCCCUCGAGCGGCAGCGCCUCGGCCUUCUCGAGAAGAAAAAAGACUACCAGAAGCGUGCAAAGGACUACAACAAGAAGAAGGCCGUGCUCAAAUCGCUGCGCCAAAAGGCCGCCGACCGCAACGAAGAUGAGUUCUACUUCGGGAUGAUGUCGCGCAAGGGGCCCGGCUCCGCCAUCACGCGCGGCAAGUCGUUCACCGGCACCGUCGACGGCGACCGCGGCAACAAGGCCAUGGACGUCGACCUGGUCCGCCUGCUCAAGACGCAGGAUCUGGGGUACAUCCGGACCAUGCGGAAUGUGGCUGCCAAGGAGGUGCGCGAGCUCGGGGAGCGAUUCGUGCUCGCUGGCGGGACAGAUCAGAACGGGGACGAUGAGGACGACGACAGCGACGACAACGACGACAACAUGGGGCCGUCGAGAUCUGUGCCGCAAAAGCCAAAGAAGAUUGUGUUUUUCGACAGGACGGAAGAGAGAGAGCAGGCGCUGGAACAAGCAAAGGAGGAGGGCGAAGCCAUGGAGGACUUGAACGAUGAAGACGAGAAGACAACUGCGGAUUUCCGGAAAGCACAGAAUCUCGAGAAACUGCAGCGGAAAUUGAAGGCCGCGAAAAAGAAGCUAAAAGCCUUGCAGGAUGCAGAGUACGAGUUGGAGAUACAGAAGGCCAAGAUGGCAAAGACAGCGACGUCGGGAGGCGUAACCAAAAGCGGACGGAGGAUAAAAGUGCGAGAGAGGAAAAAAUAGGCUGAGGUGAAGGGAUGAACUCGAGGUGCGCAGUGAUACAGCGGUAUGCAGAGGAAGGGUGAGGCGUGGCCCUGCGGCGUCGAGCAAUGAUCACCCAACGAUGUCAUGGCCAGGGAACGUUUUAAUGGCGGAGUCCGUGAGUAACAAAGGUAGCAGUCUCCCGGUUGUUUGCUUUCCCAAGAGAUAGAGCUUGCAGCUGGAUAUCCUGUAUGUUAUAUACCCAGGUAGCAAAGCACCUCGAAUAAAUGACUCCAGAAUUGAGCAUGAGCUGUUU